AUGGAUCCAUCGGGUCUCUUUGACCAUUUGGAGAGCACCGAUGGCCGCAGCGACGAUCCGCAGCAGCGCCAAGCUGGUCCUUCCACUUUGACUCCUGCCGCUCCACCACCCUUGUCUGCAACAACAGACACGAGCUCCAAAGCUGCUCGCAAAGAGGCACGCCAUGCCGAGAGGGAAGCAAGAAAGAAGAGGGACAGGAGCAGAGAAGCGGACAGCGCAGCGCCACCUCGCACUCCGACAGAGAGGAAUGGCAGCGGCGCGGCAAAUGGCGAGAGCGAUGGAAACGCUGCUACAGUCGCGCUGCCGCCGCCGCCUCCAAAGAAGCACAAGAAGCACAAGGUGGUGAAUGGAGACACUGGGACGGGCAGCACGGGCGCAAAUCCUCUCACCGUAGAGACGGCGCCUGUGCUCACCGACGAGUUUGUGGCAGAAGCGUCCAGGAAUCUGCCCGCGGAGAAGCCAGCGGGCGAGGCGGCCAAGGAUGCCAAGGUGGUCAAGACGGAGCAGGGAGCUGGCCCAGCUUCUGUGCAAGCAGAUCGUGCUCCUACAGGUACGCUUUCGGACGGUGCCACCCCUGCCGCUGCCGCUGCCGCCGCCGCCGCAGAAGUGGCAGGAGGCGUAAUCGGAACGUCAGUGUCGGGCCCAUCAGCUGGAGCAGCGGCUGGCUCCAUGGAAAUUCGUCACUCGGUGCGUCAUCAGGUCGCUCUGCCUCCCGCCUAUCCCUACGUGCCCCUAUCAUCACACGUGCCUCCAGAGAAGCCGGCCCGAGAGUGGCCUUUCACCCUGGACCCCUUUCAACGCACCGCCAUCGCUUCCAUUCAGCGCGGCGAGAGCGUCUUGGUCUCGGCGCAUACAUCCGCCGGCAAGACGGUGGUGGCCGAGUACGCCAUCGCGCAGUGCCUCAAAGAAGGUCAGAGGGUCGUCUACACCAGUCCCAUCAAGGCUCUGUCGAAUCAAAAGUACAGAGAGAUGAGUGCAGAAUUUGGCGACGUCGGGCUGAUGACUGGCGAUGUCACCAUCAAUCCGAGCGCAUCCUGCUUGGUCAUGACCACCGAGAUUCUGCGAUCCAUGCUGUAUCGAGGCAGCGAGAUCAUGCGCGAGGUGGCUUGGGUCGUCUUUGACGAGAUCCACUACAUGCGAGACAAGGAGAGGGGAGUGGUGUGGGAGGAGACGAUCAUCUUGCUGCCUCGCAAGGUCAGGUACGUCUUUUUGUCCGCCACGAUUCCCAACGCCAUGCAGUUCGCGUCCUGGAUCGCGCACACGCACCAACAGCCUUGUCAUGUGGUGUAUACCGACUUUAGACCGACUCCUCUCCAGCACUACCUCUUUCCGCUCGGGGCAGAGGGUAUACACCUCGUCGUCGACGAAGCAGGUCGUUUUAGAGAAGACAAUUUCCAGGCAGCCAUGGGCGCCCUCAAUUCUGCCCGCGGAGAGGAUCCUGCUUCGGUGGAUGGUGGUAGCGGAAAGGGUCGCAAGGGACAGACUCGCAAGGGCGGAGCUACAAAGGGUCCGUCGGAUAUCUACAAGAUCGUCAGGAUGAUCAUGGUCAAAAAUUACAAUCCCGUCAUCGUGUUUGCCUUUUCCAAACGCGAAUGCGAGGGUUUGGCCUUGCAGAUGGCCAAGCUGGAGUUCAACAAUGACGACGAGAAGAACAUGGUGGGCACGGUGUUCAACAAUGCCAUCACUGCGCUUUCGGAAGAGGACCGCGCACUUCCCCAGAUUGAACAUUUGCUGCCUUUGCUGCGGAGGGGCAUCGGCAUUCACCACGGAGGUCUUUUGCCCAUCCUGAAGGAGGUGAGUGGCCGCAAGGGUCGUUGA